GGGUCCGGGGAGAGUGGAUAUAGUGAAUGCGGGGUCCGGGGAGAGCGGAUAUAGUGAAUGCGGGGUCCGGGGAGAGCGGAUAUAGUGAAUGCGGGGUCCGGGGAGAGCGGAUAUAGUGAAUGCGGGGUCCGGGGAGAGCGGAUAUAGUGAAUGUGCAGGGUCCGGGAGAGUGGAUAUAGUGAAUGCGGGGUCCGGGGCGAGAGGAUAUAGUGAAUGCGGGGUCCGGGGAGAGCGGAUAUAGUGAAUGCGGGGUCCGGGGAGAGCGGAUAUAGUGAAUGCGGGGUCCGGGGACAGCGGAUAU